CCAAUCGACUUUCUCUCCCUUAGCGUAAAGUUAGAUUUUCUGGUCCUUUUUAGCUCUUUAUUUUCUCAUGAUUCGACCAGCGUCGUUCAUGGGCGGGCCUGACGAACGGCUUCAGCUGCUGUCCAUCUCCAAGUUGGACGGUUGCAAUUGGACCGAACCGUGCGGACACUGCGUCUGACUCUCUCGGCGAGACGCUUUUGGCUCUCUACCGUGAUGCAAAAUGUUCGAGGAAAUGCCUCGCCUGAAUCUUCUAUCACCAGCCGCCCUGUCGUCGACUCUCAGAAACUGCGGUUCUCUGGAGUCAAUGGUAAGAGGGAAGAUCGUUCACGGGCAAAUUCUGGUUGGUGGUCUUCUUCCGAACGUGGUUCUGUCAACGGACCUUUUGCUGAUGUACUCGAGAUGCGGGAAUCUGGAAAGUGCACGAAAAAUGUUCGAGGAAAUGCCUCAGAGAAAUAUGCAUUCAUGGAAUAUAAUUAUUGCUUCUUACGCGCAGAUUUCUCUCUGGAGAGAAGCUUUGGAUAUCUAUAACGGGUUCCAGAAAACUGGGUUUCGCCCGGAUCACUAUACGAUCCCAUGCGUUCUCAAGGCAUGCUCUGGAGCGAUGGAUCUGUUGAUGGGACGGAAGCUUCAUGGCUGUGUCGUCGUGUCUGGGUAUCAAGACAACGUAAUUGUCUGCAGUGGGCUUGUGGAUAUGUAUGUGAAAUGUGGAAGACUGUGUGAUGCACGGCAAGCAUUUGAUGAAAUGUCUCAAAGAGAUGUUGUCUCAUGGAAUGUGGUAAUAUCUGGGUUAGUGAGAGCUGGCUAUGGCAUUGAAGCUCUGAGGUUUUUCUGUGAAAUGCAUAGAGGUGGCGUUAGAGUAGAUAGGAUGACGGUUCCGAGUGUGUUGACCUCGUGCGGGCAAGCAGGAGACUUGGCAGUUGGUAAGGGAGUUCACGGGAUUGCUCUGAAGCUUGUGCUCUUCUCAGACAUUGCGGUAGGAAACGCCUUGAUUGACAUGUAUGCAAAAUCUGGAUGCUUGCAUGAGGCACACCAAGUUUUUGUUGAGAUGCCACAGAGGGAUGUGAUCACUUGGACGUCGUUGAUUUGGUGCUAUGGGAUUCAUGGCAGAGGAAAGGACGCUUUGGUUUUGUUUGACGAGAUGGUAGCUUGUGGUGUUAUGCCGAAUUCUGCAACCUUUACUGCUGCUCUUACUAGUUGCAGCCAUGGAGGUCUGUUGGAUGAGGGCCGAGGAAUUUUCAGUAUGAUGAGGCAGCACUAUGGGUUAGACCCAUCCGUGGAGCAUUAUGCUUGCAUGGUGGACCUCUUGGGCCGUCAUGAGCUGCUUGAUGAGGCUUUAGCAUUCAUCAAAGGUGUGCCUUUGGCCCCAACCGCGAGCAUAUGGGGAGCCUUAUUGAGUUCCUGUAGGACAUACAAUAACGUAGAAAUUGGAGAAAUUGCUGCUGCUGCACUCUUUGAAUUGGAGGCAAGCAAUUCAAGCAACUAUAUAGUGCUGGCCAGCAUAUAUGAAGCAGUGGGGCAAUGGGAAUGCGUUUCCGAAUUGAGAUCGAGAAUGAGAAAAUUAGGAAUAGUAAAAACGCCGGGUUGCAGUUGGUUAACUGUUAAGAACAGAGUGUACUGCUUUGCUCAAGGUAAAUCAUCACAUCCAAAAGCAAAGGUUAUACAUGAAGUACUCGAUGGGUUGUCCCAGUUGAUGAUGAUGCCAUGAUGGUGCUGGUGGAUAAAUGUGGACUUCAAUAGUCAUAAGCACUUGGUGGUCACAAACAGUAAAUGAAAGAAAGAAGGAAAGGAGGAAGAAGAAAAAGACAAAAACAAAAAGUAAAAUGUAAAAGAAGGAGAAAAACAAAAGGAAGAAAAGGUUUUGUAUAUCAAGGACAUAAUAAGAAAAUAGUCAAAGCUGGCUGACCGCUUAAUUCAGCAUCUGAUGUUAAGGCAGAAAGUCAGUUCUCAAGCUAGACAAAAUGUGAGAUUCAGAUGGUCAAAUCUUCUCGUGAAUCUGAAAUUUCCCAUCAAUUCUUUAGAAGCAUCUGUUGAUUAUUGCUUUAGGCCUUUCGUUGUGGGCUUAAAAUCAUGACGUCAUUGAGAGGACCAGCAGAUUCCGUGUGAAAGAUCCACAAGUGCUGAUUUAGUAUCCUGACUUCAAACAAAAUUAAUGCCUUCUUUGAUGACAACUGCCGAAGAGUAUCUUGAUUGCUCUCAGGGUCUCCAAAUCUCCUUGAACCACUGGGAGGAGUUCAGUGUACGAGUGCUACUAAGGUCUUCCAUUACAUUGUAAAUCAUAAGAUUCUGUAAUUUUUUUUGUAGAAUCAAAAGCAAGGAGCCACUAUAAUUGAGGGUCAAUGGGUACAGCAGAAAGUCUGGGAGCGUGAAGAGGUAGAGUUGAAUCCAGAUGAAAACAUGUGUUUUAGUCAGAUCCAACUGAAAGGGUUAAAUGCAGGCUAUUUAGGUGAAAACUGUUAACACUGAAAUUCGUUUUUGGUCCGGAACUAAAACUAGCUGCAACUUAAAUGUUGAUAUAGUCUGGAUUGGAAUCAUCCUUACUUUGAUCUACAUGCCGGUUGAUCUUAGUUUGAUGAUUGAUUUGAACCUGAGUACAGGGUUGAUUCAAAUUGAAUAUGUGGGUAU